UCUGACGAUGAUGCCAUUGACCCCGACCUGAUGGCAUACUUGAGCUCACUGCACCAUGAGUCGCUGACACCUGGGCUGGAUAGCCCUGACAAGCUGGUGCGCAAGCGCCGCUCGCAGAUGCCCCAGGAGUGCCCUGUCUGUCACAAGGUCAUCCACGGCGCCGGCAAGCUGCCUCGCCACAUGCGCACACACACGGGUGAGAAGCCCUUCGCCUGCCAGGUGUGCGGGGUCCGAUUCACACGGAACGACAAGCUGAAGAUCCACAUGCGGAAACACACGGGUGAGCGGCCCUACUCCUGCCAGCACUGCAGCGCCCGCUUCCUGCACAGCUAUGACCUGAAGAACCACAUGCACCUGCACACAGGCGCCCGGCCCUACGAGUGCAACCUCUGCCACAAGGCCUUCGCCAAGGAUGACCACCUGCAGCGGCACCUCAAGGGCCAGAACUGCCUGGAGGUGCGGACCCGCCGCCGCCGCCGCGAUGAGCCGCCUCCACCGCCCGCCGGUCCCCCCGGCCUCGACCUCUCCAAUGGGCGGCUGGAGGGGCUGCGCCUCUCCAUCGCCCGUUACUGGGCUCCAGGGCAGCCCGAGGAGGAGGAAGAGGAGCCGGAGGGCGAGGAAGGGCCACAACCGGAUGGCACUGUGCCAGUGGAGACGGCAUAGGGCCCAUGCAAUGGCCGUGCUGUGCCGAGCUGUGCUGUGCCCACCAGGGUUUCUGUUCCCGUUUUUCCCAUCACGGUUCAUUCCCAGUUAUGCAAAGGGGGAAACCCCCCCAGCCGAUUUGCACAAGGGGGUGGGGGGUCCCUACCACCCCCCACCGUGCCCGGGCCUACCUGGUCAUGCCCAGGUGGCUGAAGGGGGGAUUAGGAUUUGGGUGUCCUGUCACCAAACUCCCCUCGGGGAUGCCAGGACUGGGCAGGGGCACCCAUGGACCGAGACACCCCCCCCCCCCAGCUGGAGAGAGCCUCCUGUGCUCUCCCAGUGUGGGGGUACCAACUGCCCUGCGCUGUGCACUAGCUUGUCCCCCUCUCCCCACUCUGAGCAGCCCCCCCCGGCGAGCCCCCCGCCGCCUGCA